AUGGCAACGGACGACAAAUUAGCCGCACCUGGAACCUCUACCGAGGAACAGGAUUCCGCCAUCGUAGAAGCAGUGCAUCUUCCUCGCCUGAAUCCACCGCUUAUGACAGCAUCGAACAUCGAAUCAUAUUUCAUUUCUCUGGAGUUUUGGUUUGCCGCAUCCGGAAUUGCAACUCAUCACGACGCCAGGAAGUACAACAUCGUAAUGGCUCAGGUGCCUCCGAAUAAGCUAACAGAGCUACGAUCUAUCGUCGAGGGUACACCUACUACGGAAAAGUACGCCUAUAUCAAAGAAAAGCUCAGUGAACAUUUUGCUGAUAGUCAGCAACGACGUUUGCAUCAGGUAUUGUCUGCAAUGCCGCUUGGUGACAUGAAACCCAGUCAACUUUUUAACGAGAUGCGGAGGGUAGCUGGAAAUGCAUUGAGCGAACAAGCCCUUUUUGAUCUGUGGGCAUCGAGACUUCCAACCCACGCGCAAGCAGCAGUGAUAGCAUCGAAAGGUGACUCGGCAACGAAAGUUAUCGUCGCGGAUGCAAUCGUAGAAUCCCUUAACCUUCACAAUGCCAUUUGCACGGAACAUUCAGAAAUCGCAAUGGCGUCAUCUGCCAGACCGGCAUCACCACCUAGUAGCAUCGAGUUACUUCAACGGGAAAUCGCCGAACUAACAAGAACGGUUAAUAAAUUGCUUCGACCUCAAGGCAACCAAUCAGAUCGUUCACGAUUGCGCAGCCAAAAUAGAGUUGUUGAAAACCGUAACAGUGAAUAUGACAUAUGUUGGUAUCAUCGUACUUUUGGCGACAAAGCCCAGCAGUGUCGCAAACCGUGUUAUUUCGUGCAUCCUUCCAACUCUAAAAAUCAGCAAUGA